UCAGAGGAGGAGGAUCUCGAUGACUCACGCGCUGACGGUCCUGCCAUUCAUUUACUGAGGGGGGUUCUUUACCGACCGCAGCGAGCCGCUAUCCACUGGAGUGGAGGGCCAGUGCUACCCGCGCGCGGGCACGUUAGGAGGGAUAAAAACUGAGCCAGCAGCUGGAAGCAAGAGGGGGGAAAAUCCCGGCCCAGCCUCUGUGUGUGAGCAUCACUCUCACGUCGGAUUUACCCGUGAUCACCCAUUCGCGAGCAAGAUGCCGGCUCCCUUCCUGAGGCCCACCUGCUGAACCGGUGAGUGGAAAGUGAGCCAGUGCUGUGCCCAGCCGACAACCUGUUCCCACCCUCCGCCACGUCAGGUCAGUGAGCAGUCAUGACGAAGUCGUACGAGUUCAACUGGCAGCGGAUCUGUCCGGCCUUCCUCCAGGAAGGAGCCACCUUCGACAGAUUUGACGAGGACCCCUUUGUGUUCGAGCCCAGCUGUGUGUGCAAAGUGGACGAGUUCGGCUUCUUCCUCUCAUGGAAGAGUGAUGGCAAGGAAGGGCAGGUCCUGGAGUGUUCCCUCAUCAACAGCAUCCGAGUUGGAACCGUGCCUAAGGACCCAAAGAUCCUUGCAGCACUAGAGGCUGCUGGGAAAACAGAAGCUGAGCUUGAGGGCCGCAUCAUCUGUGUGUGCAGCGGGAACGACCUCGUCAACCUCAACUUCAUGUACAUGGUGUCAGACUCAGCAGAGCUAGCCAAGAAAUGGCUGGACGGGCUGCGGGGGGUCAUUCACAACUUCAAAGCCAACAAUGUGUGCCCCAUGACCUGCCUAAACAAACACUGGAUGCGGUUGUGCUUCACCACUAACGUGAAUGGAAAGAUUCCAGUCCGAGGCAUCACACGGACAUUUGGCUCAGGGAAGACGGAGAAGGGCAUCUUCCAGGCACUGAAGGAGUUGGGGUUACCAAGUGGGAAGAACGAUGAAAUCGAACAUUCGGUCUUCACCUUUGAGGUCUUCUAUGCCCUCACACAGAAGAUCUGCCCAAGAACGGACAUGGAGGAGCUCUUCAAGAAGAUCAAUGGGGACAAAACUGAUUAUUUAACCGUAGACAAGUUAGUCAGCUUUCUGAAUGACAAUCAGCGAGACCCUCGCUUGAACGAGAUCUUGUUCCCGUUCUACGACGUGAAGCGUGCCACGCAGAUCCUGGACAAGUACGAGCCGGACCCCGACCUCAAGAAGAAAGGCGCGAUGUCGUGCGAGGGCUUCUGCCGGUACCUGAUGUCGGACGAGAACGCACCGGUGUUUCUGGACCGGCUGGAGGAGUACCAGGAGAUGGACCAGCCACUGGGCCACUACCUGAUCAGCUCCUCGCACAACACCUACCUGACCGGACGCCAGUUCGGCGGACGCUCCGCCGUCGAGAUGUACCGCCAGGUGCUGCUGUCAGGCUGCAGAUGUGUGGAGUUGGACUGCUGGGAUGGGAAAGGUGAAGAUCAGGAACCAAUCAUCACCCACGGCAAAGCAAUGUGUACUGACAUCCUCUUUAAGGAUGUCAUCCAGGCAAUCAGAGACACCGCGUUUGUCACGUCGGACUACCCCAUAAUCCUGUCUUUUGAGAACCACUGCAGUAAACCCCAGCAGUACAAGAUGGCCAAGUACUGUGAGGAGAUCUUCGGUGACUUUCUACAGAGACAGCCGCUGGACGGAUUCAUACUUGAACCAGGACGUCCUCUGCCGUCACCCACUGACCUCAAGAGGAAAAUCCUCAUUAAGAACAAACGCCUCAAGCCAGAGGUGGAGCAGAAACAGCUGGAAUCCUUUAAGAAGCAUAUGGAGGCAGGAGAGCUACUCAUCCAGGCCAACUUGGAGGACGAAAAUGAGGAGGAGAGUGAAAACACUGAAGGAAAGGAGGGGAAGACUCCCAACAAUAUCUCAUCAGAGGAGCCCAGUGAGAAAGGAGACACGCAGGAGAACAGCGUCAAGAAGGCCCCUGACGAUGAGGCCACAGAGGUUUCCGAGGCAACGGAGGCCACAGACGCAACAGACAUGUCGGAGGCAUCAGACGUUGACAACAACAAGAAGGAGGGAGAAGAGGAGGGGAAUGAUGAGCAGGCCUUCCUCGCCAACUACACCUAUGUGGGGGCCACCACCAACAUCCACCCCCUGCUCUCCUCCAUGGUCAACUACGCCCAGCCUGUCAAGUUCCAGAGCUUCGACCACGCAGAAGAGAAGAACAUUCACCACAACAUGUCCUCCUUUAACGAGUCGGUGGGCCUGGGUUACCUGAAGACUAACGCCAUCGAGUUCGUCAACUACAACAAGCGGCAGAUGAGCCGCAUCUAUCCCAAAGGCGGGCGCGUGGACUCCAGCAAUUACAUGCCUCAGAUCUUCUGGAACGCCGGCUGCCAGAUGGUCUCCCUCAACUUCCAGACGCCAGAUCUGUCCAUGCAGUUGAAUCAGGGGAAGUUUGAGUACAACGGCGCGUGCGGGUACCUGCUGAAGCCGGACUUCAUGCGGC